AUGAAAAAAAUCCAUAUUCGAGAGUUGCCAGCUCACGAAAACGCAUAUAAUUUGGGCUGCUACUGUUGUACUACAUAUAGAAGACACACCUUGCUCGCUGGCUGUGCAGUAAUCACAACACGACACGUACUUACCACUGCAAACCCUACCGUACUAAUAUUAAGAUCUUACGGUCACAUGAAAACGUUGGAACAUAUAUUGGGUGGAUGGUACGACACGAAUGCUAACGUAUUCAACAGCUCUAUGUACUUCGCACCAUCAAGAAUACAUAUUCAUCCAAUGUAUAAAUAUGACUAUGAAGUGAAUGUGUCGCACCCAAUUCCGGUGAUGUACGAUCUUUCCCUGUGGGCUGCUACUCAUCGGUUCUAUGGAAGUACCUUUUCGUAUUCAAAGGCAGUCAUAUGUCCUAGAGCGGCUUCAGGGUGGUAUGAAUAUGCUUCAACGAUUCCUCGACAACAUGAUCUAUCUGUCGUUGUUGGAUUUCAAUUUAUGAAGUCAUAUCAUCGUCGACCUAUGCCUUGGUAUAAAUACGCUGUUCGAACGAAAUCAUACGUAUGGCCUUGUCCGAAGAGCGAUUGGCAUUGGUUUCAUUGCAUAAUGGGAGAAUAUUGGGGCAAAUUUGGUUUUGAUUCGGGCGGCGCUAUGCAUAUGAUGAUGGAGGGGAAAUCACGACGUCACGACGGGUUGGCCGGACUGUGUUCAUUCUCUUUAAAACUUCGAGCAUUUCAAACAACUCAUUAUUUCACUGUGCUAGAUACAUAUCCAGUACUGGACUUCUUAUAUGACGGAUUCAAAGGUUUAAGUAAAUACGCGUGGUUGGACGAUAGAUUUGAGGAUACGAAGUAUGCGGCACCGAUAGCAUGGCGGGGAGAAUACGUUCCCAUUUAUUAUAAUUUCGGUUGGGAAGCCUAUAGCGUGUAUGGCAAUUAUAUUUACGGAGAUGUGUUACCAAAUUAUCGAAGGUAAUAAAGGACGAAAAAAAGACAAUACUUAAAAAUGUACGGAGCAAAAACCCUAGCUAGGUACAGUA